UUACUGGCGCAUGCUAACAUUGUAGUUUGAUAGACGCGGCCAGGUGAGUCCCACAUACAGGAGAGAUGAGUCGUUUCCUCAACGUGCUGCGCAGCUGGCUGCUGAUGGUGUCGGUCAUCGCAGUGGGAAACACGGUGCAGAGUUUCAGAGACCACAGCUUCCUGUCAGAGAAGCUCUACACUGGCAUGCCACAGUUUGUGAACGGUCUCCAAGCUCGAACGUUCGGUAUUUGGACGCUGCUGUCAUCCAUCAUUCGCUGCGCCUGUGCCAUUGAUAUCCAAAACAGAACGCUAUAUCACAUCACUUUGUGGACAUUUGUGCUGGCGUUGGGUCAUUUUCUGUCCGAGGCUUUCAUCUACAAAACGGCACCGCUCACUAUCGGGGUAAUGGCACCUCUCAUUGUGGCAAGUUUCUCUAUCAUAGGAAUGCUGAUUGGAUUCCAGUGUAUUCCAGAGACACAAGAAGAAGUAGGAGCACGACAGAAAAAACGUAACUGAAUCUUGAGUUUCCUGCCGUCCAGUAGACCCAACAGAUGUGUUUGGACUGGUCAUCGUAUGUGUGUGUGUGACUUCCUGCCUUAAAGAACAUGAGAUCUGGACGUCAAUUAGUUUUCCUACUGUGAAUGAAAUGUUGUAUAGACUGUAUACAUCUAUGUCUGGGUUGUAUUUAAUGUUUUUGAAAUAAUAUUUUAGUCGUCACCCUUUUUGUGUAUGGUUUUGUUACGUUACAGUAAUUGAUGUGCAAUACACAGAAGUUCAGGACAUGUGACCUGUCAGUGCUGAAUGAUUAUUGUGUCUGUGCCAAUAAUUUUACUUUUUUAAAUCCAAUAAUCAGAUGUCAGGCAUUAAAGCUAGAAAAAACGUGUAAUUGUACGGGAGGAAAUAUGUAUAAUGUAUUGAAUUAAAUAUAUCAAUUUAAAAGUGCUCUAUGCCUGAAAUCGGGCAUGAUGCCUGAGAACUAUAAACCCUGAGAUGUACUUUGAAACUGCUGAACAAGCAUUUAACUGAUUACAGAAAUAAUCCAGAGUAGAUUUUCAUUGUCAUCAUAUUUUUAUUUCACCAGAUCACCAUUUCCUAUACAUUUCUUUAAUAACUCAGAUUUAUUCAAGUACUCCGAUGACUAUACAGUACAGUACAAUACAAAACUAUGCUCUUAAUCACAGAAUUUCUUUUGAUAUCAGCGAUUCUUCUUGAUGUUUGUUCUGUGAAACAUUUGUAUACCUCUAGAAUUAAUGCACAAAAAUAUUUUUGAAUUAAAUGAUUUGUUUGUGUGGCUGAGA